AUGAACAAACCGGCACUGUCCCUGCUGCUUCUGGUGCUCUACUUCCUCGCCGCUUACUCGUUACCGGUGGAGCUGCGGCAGGACGAUGAGGACGAGGACUACUACAACGCAGAAAUUCAGACUCCACAGAAGCCGGAGUGCUACAAGUAAGUGGGGUUGGCGAUGAGGGGAAAAGUUGACUCUCAAAGUUUUUACUAUGACUUUCUAGUGUACAGUUGCAUUUUGUACUAGCGGAAGGCCGAAUUGUUGUCAUAUUUGGCGUUAGUUUGUAUUCGCAAGACUGUAAAAUCGUACAGUGUCCUGCGUUUCUCAUUAAUUUGCCUCAAACAGAGGCAUUGGGAGAAACUGUGGCCUAACUUUAUUCAUUUCCCUUCUUCAGGCAUGACGACUGCUCCUUCUGCUGCUUCAACCCCAUCACAAAGGUCAAACUGACCGUGAAGCGAGCACGAUGCGACGACGGGCUGUGCCAGUGCUUGUGCGAAAUCCUAUGA